AUGAGCUGUCGCGCAGCGGCCCUCGCGUUGGCCCUUGUGGCCGUGUCCGCGGGAGCACUCGCAUCCUGUCAGUCGGCUGAGGCUGAGUGUAAGGGCGGAGAGAACAGUGUCCUGAUGCAGCUGCCUCCCCACGCCACACAUUCCACUCGCCCGGAUCCGCAAGAAGAAUUGGCAGAGAUGCAAAGCCAAAUCGAUGAGCUUGAAGAGCGGCUUGAAGAUGUGGAAACCUUGCAGCCGAGCUUGCUCGAGGAGUUCGAGGGCAGCGCAAGGCGAGGGGAUGAUGAUGACUCGGGCCACCGCCGCAGGAAGGAUGAUGACGAUGACAAAGAGUACACUGGUGAUCUCAAGAGAGCUCGCUACGACCUCGAGUCCUUCGCCGAAGAGCUCAACUUCAAGAUUGACGACUUGGUUGGCGGCGAAUUUUGCUCGACAAAGACGUGCUACGUCAAAGGUUGUGCGGUUUAUUUCGGAGUCACCACAUAUCCCGGAGAGACACUUCACUUCACGGUGGAGACCACGGAGGGUGACUUCCAGCGCGCCGACAACGUUGUGAACCUCACAGCAAACAGUGACACGCUGGCGGUCGGCUGUUCUUCCCAUGAGAGGUGUGGCAUCGCGGACGGAGUGUGGGCCCUCAAUGCCAGCAGCUGCAUGCAGACCAAUGGGGAAACCGACGGAGUCUUCCAGUACGUGACGAACUCCUCCAAGACGGUCAUCGCCGUCAUCGCAUCCAGUGGUCUUAGGCGCCGGUGCGGGCAAGUGCUGCAGGCCACCGUCUGCUUUAAAGACAACUUCGGGUUGAACACUCUGAAGCAUGAUGCUGACGCCAUGUCGGCCCACCUCCAGAGCCUUGAUGCGCAAAUGGCGCAGACGCAGGCCGCGGUGAGCAGCAACACUGCCGCGAUCGGUGAGAACCAGCAGGCGCUGGCGAAUCUCACCAGCACGGUUGUCCAGAUCAACGCGCUGGCGCAGAACAACGCCGGCUGCAUCAAUGAGACCAAGCAGGCGAUUCAAAACCUGAGCCUGCAAGUGGCACAAAUCAAGUCGCAGGUGCAGCAGAACAGCGACGAGACCGCCAACCACAAGGCGGCAUUGGAGGGCUUCGGCUCCCAGCUUGCCAACGUGAACUCAAGCCUGGGGUCGCAGAUCGCCCAAAUCGAAGCCUCCGUGCAGAGCAACACAGCUGCCGUGAGCACCAACGCGGCCCAGCUCCAGGAGAUUUCCGCCAAGGUCAUGGAGCUCAAUGCGACAAUCCAGGAUCUGCUUGCCACCACCACGACCUCCACGACCAGCCCAGCUCCCGUGCCUCUUGAGGGUCGGCCCGGCAGGACCCUACUCGUCAGUGCCGAGAAUGGUGUGUUCCUCUGCUCCAUCCCGGAGGUCGGUGCCAGCGGUUUGCCCCUGGAUGUCAGCGGCUCGAGCUGCAAGAAUUUGGCGCCGGCGGCAGCGGCGGAGUCCAGCAAGCCCUUCAGGACCAUCCAGGCACCCAAUGGGGACUUCGUCAUGGCGGAGAAAGGGAAGAACCGGAUUCAACGCUGUGACCUGGAAGGAACAUGUCAAGCUGUGGCACCUCCAGCUGGCGUGACGUUUCAAGAGCCCCAAGCCGUGCAGCUAGAUGAGGCUGGGAGGUACAUCAUCGGCGACUCCGGCGGCGUGUGGCGGUGCGACGAGGCGACCUGCGAGCGGCUGGGCCCUCCCCCCGUCGUCCCCUAUCCCGAGUAUCCAGACUACACUAUGAGCGCCCUUGAUCACGCAAUCGACGUGCGAAUGAUGGGCUCCGACAUCUUGGUGUCUGCGCUGAACGGCGACCGAGUUCAGAAGUGCCGGGCCGAAGUAAAUGGGACAUGUGACCUUGUUUUGCUUGUGCAGAUGUACUGCGCCGUCCCUUCGCAAGAUGGCUACUACUUCUGCGAUCCCGCAUUCGGCGGCACGAAUGAUGACAGCAUCAAGUUCUGCCCCUUUGAGGAUGCACCGUGCCAAGAUGCCAACCUCGAAGUGGUGGCAGGAGGAGUGCGUGGAAGCGGGCCGGAAAACUUGUUCCUGCCCCAUGACGUGCUCAUUGAGGGCUCGGGCAACCUCAUUGUUGCGGAUUCCUUCCAGAACAACCGCAUUCAGCGCUGCCCGCCAAAGCAGAACCCAGGCACGCCGGAGGCUUGUGAGACUCUGUUUGUUGGCCUCAGCUUCCCUACUGGUCUGGCCUACUCAACGACCCAGUUGCUGCCACAAGCAGUGUCAGCCGGUGCAACUGCCAUUCCGGUGGCAGAUGAAAGCCUCUUUGUGGUCGGGGAUGCCGUCGUCGUCGCGGAUACCUUGAGGGAGGAAAAGGUGGUGAUUGCCGUGUCCAGUGGCAGCCUCACCCUGGACUCUGCCCUGGCGAACAGCUAUUCCACAGCCGGAAGCAUCACCGUGAUCGCCCAGGGUGCUCGCUGA